AAUUCCCAUGUUAUCCACAACACCUGAAUGCACCAAUAUCAACAGCGUCUCUGAUCAAAUGGGUGUGUAUGAACUGCGCAUGUGCAUGACCGAGCUAAAUCAGAAGCAAAAGUCGGGUUUAUACAGGGGGUUCUCAUCAGAAACACGGAAAUAAAAGAGUCAUGUCAGGGUUUCUGGACGGAAUCCGGUGCGGAGACUGCGAGUGCAAUGUGGACUGGGGAGAAAGAAGAAACUCCAUCGCAUCUGUAGCUGCUGGAGUUUUGUUCUUCACUGGUUGGUGGAUCAUCAUCGAUGCAGCAGUGAAAUAUCCUGACGAGGGACAGUUUCAUCAUGCCUAUCACACUUGUGGAGUGAUCGCUACAGUGGCCUUUCUCAUGAUAAAUGCUGUUUCAAACGGUCAAGUGAGAGGAGACAGCUACAGUGAAGGCUGCAUUGGACAGACAGGCGCUCGAGUGUGGCUCUUCAUUGGCUUCAUGCUAGCCUUUGGCUCCCUCAUCGCCUCUAUGUGGAUCCUGUUUGGAGGAUUUGUAGUGCCUCAAAAGCCUGUCGUGUACCCCGGUAUUGCCAUUUUCUUCCAAAAUGCGUUCAUUUUCUUUGGGGGCUUGGUCUUCAAGUUUGGACGUACAGAGGAUCUGUGGCAGUAAUGGACUCUGUGUCUCCAUGUCCACUGUUUAUACACUCUGCUUUCUAUAUUGUAUGAGACAAUAUGCUUUAGUAGUUAUUUACUUUUUUAGCUUUCAAAUUAACAUGUUUAAUUUAUAUUGUUUGCUGUAUAAUGGUUAAAUCAUAACACAUUUUUCAGAGGUUCCUUUUAAAGUUUUGAAUAUUUUCUGUGUAUUUGCACUCAACUUUGUAGCCAUGUUUGUUAUAAUGGUUUACAACUUGUGUAUAACAAAAUGUGUAUUUUGGGAGCUUUACUUCUCUGAACUGUCCACAUCUACUUUAGGUAUUCUUACUCGUAUAACAUACUUUUAAUUUGAACAGUCUUUUAAGUGGAAACAGCAUAAAUUAUUAUGGUACAACAUAUCAUUGAGGGUGAUGCUUCAUUAUACUGUACACAUUAACUGAAUGUAACCAUAUGGGGUUGUUUGUAUUUUUGCAGUCGUCUGGAUUUAUUGUUGACGUUUGAGAAGCUCACACUGCUGACAUGAAGCUGACAAAGGUUUCUCAACUGCAAUAUGUGGAGAUUUGUAUUUGAUUGCAACACUCACCCAUCUGCUUGUAUAACAUCCAAACCACGAGGUCAGUUUCUGACGAUCAUGGCAGCAUUAAACGGCAACAUACUGCGCAGUAAA